AUGGAUAAGCUGAUCCCACCACCAGACCAACCCGAAAUUGACAAUCAGACCAAGCCAGAAGCUCAAAAUCAAGGCCCAAUCAAGAUCGAUCUCGAACGCGACUCGAGCCCAGAAACCGCACUCAACAACGUCUCCACCAUUAAAGCUACCUCCAAAGAAGGCAGUAGUAGUAGUAGUAGUAGUGCAGCCUGCAGUCCGACAAGUGCUAAUCCGAGUAACGAGAGGCCAGGCACGGCGGCGAUGGACUUGAAAUUGGCCUCCGAUCUCACCGAUGGCGAUCUCUUUGGCGAUGGCAGCCAACUCAACAUUAAUCCUCUAGUUUCCAAUGUCCAUCAUCUCGCUCUGCCGACUACUUCCUUCAACAAUACUACGCCUUCUUCGUCCUCUACGUCCCCUGCUGCUGCUGCUUCGUCGGCUUCUUCUGAAGAUCCAGCGGCGCUCCCGACGCCCUCUCCCCUCGCCCAUCUUCCCACCCCUUCUUCUAAUAAUAAUAAUGGUGCUGUGACUAAUCUUAAUCCGGUCGACUUCGAAGCUAUGUUCGCUAAUAUUCAGUCUCACCUUCCUCCCUCUUAA